AUGAGUGUGAUGGCGGUGUGUGUUUGGGCGGCAGCCCCACUGCUCUUCCUGGGGCUGUGCCUGUGCAGUGCGGGGGGCCAUGCCCAAGGGGAGGUCCUGGAGUACGGAGGUGUGUCCAAUCAGUGGGGACGGUUCCCGGUGUGGAACGCCUGCUGUGAGAGUGUGCUGAGCUUCAGCCUGCGGACUCACAGCCAGGAGGGCCUGUUGCUCUACCUGGAUGACGAGGGCUUCUGUGACUUCCUGGAGCUGCUGCUUCUCCACGGCCACCUCCACCUGCGUUUCUCCAUCUUCUGUGCUGAGCCAGCCGAGCUGCAGUCAGGUGUGGCGGUGAGCGACGGGCGAUGGCACGCAGUGCGUGUCAAGCGGGACUGGAAGAACACUUCGUUGGAGGUGGACGGGCGGCUGGAGGGAUGGGCGGAAGUGAAGAGCAAGAGAAGAGACAUGACAGUAUUCAGCCACACAUUCAUGGGCGGGGUGACGCCAGAGCUUCACUCCUCGCCCUUACGCCUCACAAACCCUAAUGUGCGGGAACACCCCGCCUUCCGUGGCUGGAUCAGGGGUGUGAGCAUCAACGGUUCGCUGGUAACACAGGACGGCUCAGAGGGCGUCACGAUCACAGCUGGCUGCGGACCAGACCACAAGUGCCAGAACGGAGGAGUGUGCAGUGUGGUCAACGACCAGGCCGUGUGCGACUGCUCCGACACCGGUUUCCAAGGCAAUGACUGCAGCGAAGAGUACAGCUACACUCCAGGUCUGGCACACCUGAUGAUUGGCGACCAAGCUCGCGAGGAAUAUGUCGCCACCUUCAAGGGCUCUGAGUACUUCUGCUAUGACCUGUCGCCCAACCCCAUCCAGUCGAGCAGCGACGAAAUCACGCUUUCUUUCAAGACACUGCAGCGCAACGGCCUGAUGCUGCACACCGGCAAGUCCGCUGACUAUGUCAACCUGGCACUGAAGAACGGUGCCGUGUCACUUGUCAUCAACCUCGGCUCCGGGGCCUUCGAGGCCUUGGUGGAGCCCGUCAACGGCAAGUUCAACGACAACAGCUGGCACGACGUCAAGGUCACCCGCAACCUGAGACAGCACUCAGGCAUUGGACACGCUAUGGUGACCAUCUCUGUGGACGGCAUCCUGACCACCACAGGCUACACCCAGGAGGACUACACCAUGUUGGGCUCUGACGACUUCUUCUAUGUGGGAGGUAGCCCCAGCACAGCUGACCUGCCCGGCUCUCCAGUCAGCAAUAAUUUCAUGGGCUGUCUCAAAGAGGUGGUGUACAAGAAUAAUGAUGUACGGUUGGAGCUGUCUAGACUGGCUAAACAAGGAGACCCAAAGAUGAAGGUGAGUGGGGUUGUGUCCUUUAAGUGCGAGAGUGUGGCCACGCUGGACCCCGUGACCUUUGACACCCCAGAGUCUUUCGUGGCGCUGAGUAAGUGGACAGCGAAGAAGGCGGGUUCCAUCUCGUUCGACUUCAGAACCACAGAGCCCAACGGGUUGAUGCUUUUCAGCCACGGCAAACCACGACAGAUGCAACGCAAGGACCCUCGCACACCCCCCACAAUCAAGGUGGACUUCUUUGCCAUCGAGAUGCUAGAUGGUCACCUGUACCUGCUGCUGGACAUGGGCUCGGGAACCACCAAGACCAGGGCUAUCGACAGGAAGGUCAACGACGGAGAGUGGUAUCACGUGGACUUUCAGAGGGACGGACGCUCAGGAACAAUCUCUGUGAACAGUGUAAGAACAGCGUACACAGCUCCAGGAGACAGUGAGAUCCUGGACCUGGAUGACACCUUGUACCUCGGAGGACUACCAGAGGACCGAGCUGGACUCAUCUUCCCUACAGAGGUGUGGACAGCUCUGUUGAACUAUGGCUACGUGGGCUGCAUCAGAGACCUAUUUGUGGACGGGCAGAGCAAAGACAUCCGACGGCUGGCUGAGGCCCAGAGGGCAGUCGGCGUGAAGCCCUCAUGCUCGAGAGAACCGCCCAAGCAGUGCCUGUCCAACCCCUGCCAGCACAACGGCAUCUGCAGGGAGGGCUGGAACCGCUACGUGUGCGACUGCUCCGGGACGGGCUACCUGGGACGCUCCUGCGAGAGAGAUGCAACUAUCCUGUCCUACGACGGCAGCAAGUUUAUGAAGGUGCAGUUACCCGUGGCGAUGCAUACUGAGGCGGAGGACGUCUCGCUACGCUUUCGCUCCCAGCGGGCGUAUGGCGUUCUCAUGGCAACUACAUCCCGUAACUCUGCAGACACCCUUCGUCUGGAGAUGGACGGGGGCCGUGUCCGACUCACUGUCAACCUAGACUGUAUCAGGAUAAACUGUACAGCCAGUAAAGGCCCAGAGACCAUCUUUGCGGGGUCAAGCCUCAAUGAUAAUGAGUGGCACACGGUGAGGGUAGUCCGGCGUGGCAAGGGACUCAAACUCACCGUAGAUGACCUGCAGCCUGUUGAAGGUCAGAUGGCGGGCGACCACACCCAACUGGAGUUCCACAAUGUGGAGACGGGCAUUGUGACAGAGAAGCGCUUCAUUCCCGCCGUGCCCUCCAAUUUCAUCGGCCACCUUCAGGGCCUGACGCUGAACGGCAUGCCCUACAUCGACCUGUGCAAGAACGGCGACAUCGACUACUGUGAGCUCAACGCCGUUAUCGGCUACAAGAGCAUCGUGGCCGACCCUGUCACCUUCCGGUCGCGCUCCAGCUUCGUCACGCUGCCCACGCUGCAGGCCUACUACUCUAUGCAUCUCUUCAUGCAGUUCAAGACCACGUCGCCCGACGGCCUUGUUCUCUACAACAGAGGAGAUGGCAACGACUUCAUAGUGAUAGAGCUGGUUAAAGGCUACCUACAUUACAUUUCUGACCUGGGCAAUGGGGCACACCUGAUUAAGGGCAACUCCAACAGUCCUCUCAAUGACAACCACUGGCACAACGUUCACAUAUCCCGAGACACUAACAAUCUCCACACGGUCAAGAUUGACACAAAAGUCACCACGCAGACCACCAUGGGGGCCAAGAACCUCGACCUGAAGGGUGACCUGUACAUUGGGGGCGUCUCCAAAGAAAUGUACCGGGACCUGCCCAAGCUGGUCCACUCCCGUGAGGGUUUCCAGGGUUGCCUGGCAACAGUGGAUCUAAACGGCCGGCUCCCUGACCUUUUGGCUGAUGCCUUAGCAACCAUGGGACAAGUGGAGAGAGGCUGUGAAGUAACAUUGAUGAAAGCUGACUUGCAAGGUCCCAGCACUACCUGUCAGGAGGACUCUUGCUCAAAUCAGGGAGUUUGUUUGCAGCAGUGGGAGGGCUUCUCCUGUGACUGCAGCAUGACUUCGUAUGCCGGGCCACUAUGCAAUGAUGCUGGGACCACUUACAUCUUUGGGCGCGAUGGAGGCGUCGUGGUUUAUACAUGGCCCCCGAAUGAACGUCCCAGCACCAGGGCCGACCGACUCGCACUCGGCUUUAGCACCCAACAGAAACACGCCAUCCUGCUCCGGGUGGACAGCGCGUCCGGCCUGGGAGACUACCUUCAGCUGCAGAUAGACAAAGGCAACAUUAGAGUAGUGUUCAAUGUCGGCACCGACGACAUCAACAUCGAGGAGAGCUCCAAGUUCGUCAACGAUGGGAAGUACCACAUAAUCCGCUUCACCCGCAGCGGAGGCAAUGCAACCCUCCAGCUGGACGACCUGCCGGUGAUAGAGCGCUAUCCAUCAGGCAACAUUGAUAACGAGCGCCUGGCCAUCGCCAGACAGCGAAUCCCCUAUCGGCUCGGUCGAGUAGUUGACGAUUGGCUACUCGACAAAGGUCGCCAGCUGACCAUCUUCAACAGCCAGACGACGGUGCGUGUGGGUGGAGGUGGAGGUGAGCGAAGUGCAGGCAUGUUCCAGGGCCAGUUGUCCGGCCUCUACUACAACGGCCUCCGCAUCCUCAACUUGGCUGCUGAGGGUCAUGCUCACAUCAGAGUGGAUGGCAGCGCCCGAUUGGUUGGCGACAUGCCAUCCUCCUCCAUCACCCCGCAGUCCAGUGCCGCAGCUGGGGGCAACCGCUCUGACUCCGCCCCCUCCAUAAGCGACAUCACAACGACCACGGCCACCAACCGCAAACAAGGGGGCGCCACACAGCAGGUCAGAUCAGCAGACGACCUUCUGGUGGCGUCGGCCGAGUGUCCCAGCGAUGAUGAAGACAUCGAUCCCUGUGACCCCAGUUCAGCCCGCCCUCCCCUGCCUGACGUGAAGGUGUUCACGGGUCCAUCUGAGGUGGUGCGGGAGAGCAGCAGCACCACGGGCAUGGUGGUAGGCAUCGUGGCGGCCGCCGCCCUCUGCAUCCUCAUCCUCCUCUACGCCAUGUACAAGUACCGCAACCGCGACGAAGGCUCCUACCACGUGGACGAGAGCCGCAACUACAUCAGCAACUCGGCCACGCAGCCCAACGGCAGCACCAAGGACAAGCCACUGGGCAUCGCCAAGAUCUCCAAGAACAAGAAGAACAAAGACAAGGAGUACUACGUCUGA